UGGCCAUCUCUAUAUAUGUUGCUCACAAAACAGAGUUGACAAAGGAAACAAGUUGAUGAAUUCAAGAUCUCCAUUAUCAUCUUCUCCAAAGAAUAUAUAAGCAACGUCUCCAUGGUGCUUCGAUGACCGGUGAGCGUAUUCUUCCACAGGACAAACGGAUAAGGCGCAAAGGUCCUUAGUAAUUAUUUUCAGUUUGUCUUCUAUUUAUGUAUGAAUAACUAGCUACUGCGGCUGUAAUUUUAUUAGCAUAAUCAUGUUAACUUCUUUUGGCUGUUGCAGUUUUAACCUCUAUUUAUUUCCAUUUUUCUGGUUGUCAACUUGAGCUAGGUCUCAGUUGUAACUGAAAAACUUCAGUUGUGGUACAGUUAUAUUUAUUGUACUUAGCAAUUAAGCUUUUGACUUGGCCAAAAACAUCAAAAGAAAUAUAUAUAAAAUUAAGUGGUUUUUCAGCUUGGCCCUCUGCUUAUAUAUAUAUAUGUAUAGAGGUAUGUGGAUCAUCAAAUUUGUAAACAAGAGGGGGAGAGAAAGAAACUUAGAGAGAAAAAUUAGAUAGUGUUUCUCCUAAAUACAAAGCGUCUUUCCUUUGUUAGUAAAAGUGUGUUUUCUCCCAUUAUAAGAGAGAGGGCACUGUUAAUUGUGGUCUCCUUAUUUCACAGAGAAAUUUCUCAUAAUAUGAACCUUCUACCAUUUUGUCUCCAGCCUAUUUGAGAUAUUUUCUUUCACAAAAUUACCAUUUUUGUUGUAUCAACUUCAGUUGUAAUCGAGUGCCUAGUGCCACAAUUUCCUAAAAAUUAAGCUGUUCAAAUGUAAAAAUGUCAUAAUACCAAGCAAGAAGAUAGAAUAAAAUUCUAUUUCAAGAGAUGGCACAGGCCUGAAUCUAAACAUAUACAGAGGAGAUUGUUGGAGAUCAUUUGAAGAAACUAAGAUGUUCUCAACUACAUUUGUUGGCAUCGAUUCGCGCAUUGAGAGAGUGGAAUCUCUGCUAUGCCUUGGAUCAUCAGAUGUCAGCAUUGUUGGAAUAUGGGGAAUGGCUGGCAUUGGCAAGACAACUAUUGCUGAAGCUGUAUUCAAGCGCAAUGUUGCUUCGUUUGACACCUGCUACUUUUUUGCAAAUGUUAGAGAAGAAUCAGAAAAGCAUGGAUCAUUGCAUUUGCGAACUCAGCUUCUGUCUAAAAUAUGUGGGAAAGCUCAUUUCCGUAGAUUCACUUAUAGAAAAAAUAGGCUUUCUCAUGGGAAAGCACUUAUCGUUCUUGAUGAUGUAAAUAGCUCACUGCAAAUGCAAGAAUUGUUGGUUGAAGGGCGCCAUUUGUUUGGUGAAGGAAGCAAAGUCAUUGUGACAAGCAGGGAUAGGCAAGUGCUCAAGAAUGGAGUUGAUGAAAUAUAUGAAGUUGACGGACUAAAUCUUAAUGAAGCUCUUCAACUUUUUAGUAUAAAUUGCUUUAAUCAGAAUCACCCCCUUGAAGAGUUCAUGCAGUUGUCCAAGAGGGUUAUUUAUUAUGCGAAAGGAAACCCAUUAGCUCUUAAAGUUUUGGGUUGUUUUCUGCUGGAUAAAAGCAAACAAGAUUGGGAAAUUGCACUGGAUAAACUGAAAAGAACAUCCAAUAUAGGGAUGAAAAAUGUGUUAAGAUUGAGCUAUGAUGGAUUAGAGAUUGAAGACAAGGAAAUAUUUCUUGAUAUUGCUUGUUUCUUUAAAGGAGAGGAUGUGUGUUUUGUUGAAAGAAUUCUUGAUGGCUGUGGUUUCUAUGUGGAUAUAGGACUUAACAAUCUUGUUGAUAAAUCUCUGAUUACUGUUUCAAAUGGCAAGUUGUGGAUGCAUGAUUUGAUACAGGAAAUGGGUUGGGAAACUGUUCAGCAAGAAUCCACUGGAGAACCUGGCGAACGUAGUAGGUUGUGGCAUCACGAGGACAUCUACCAUGUUCUGACAAAAAAUACAGGGACCAAAGCAGUUGAAGGCAUAACUUUAGAUCUGUCUGAAACGAGAGAGUUACACUUAACCUCUGAAGCUUUCAAGAAAAUGUACAAUCUCAGAUUGCUCAAGUUUCAUGAUUCUGAUUUUGAAGAUUUUUGUAAAGUUCACUUUCCUGAUGAAGGUCUUUCAUUUCAUUCAAAUAAGCUGCGAUAUCUUCAUUGGUAUAAGUACCCUUCAAAAUCUUUGCCAUAUAAUUUUUCUCCAGAAAACCUUGUCGAGCUUAAUCUUCCCCGUAGCAAUGUUGAACAAUUGUGGCAAGGAGUGCAGCGCCUUGUGAAGCUGAAGCGAAUUGACCUCAGUUACUCUGAGUAUUUGACUCAAAUUCCAGAUCUUUCAAAUGCUCAAAGCCUAGGGAGUGUGAAUCUUAAAGGGUGCACAAGUUUGGUUCAGGUGUCCUCAUCCAUUCAAUAUCUUAACAAGCUUGAAUAUCUGAAUCUGGAAGGUUGUAGAUUUCUUAGUAGUCUCCCGAAUAUGAUUGCUUUGAAGUAUCUAAAAACUUUGAAUAUAACUGGCUGCUCAAAUAUCAAGAAGUUUCCAGAGAUUGCAGGAAAUGUGGAAGAACUAUUUUUAAAUCAGACUGCUAUAGAAGAAGUUUCUUCGUCAAUUGAGUGCCUCACCAGGCUCAGUUCUUUGUAUCUCACACACUGCACAAAGCUUCGAAGUUUACCAAGCAAUAUUUGCAAGUUGAAAUGUCUUCAAAUGCUAAAUUUAAGCGGCUGUUCAAGACUAGAGAGUUUCCCAGAAAUCUUGCAGAGCAUGGAAGGUCUAACUUACCUUUAUUUAGCUAAUUGCAGGAAUCUUACUAGUCUUCCAAACAGCAUUGGCAAUUUGAAAUCUCUUGCAGAGCUUGAUUUGAAUGGGACAAUGAUUAAAGAGUUACCACCAUCCAUCAACCAUCUUACUGGGCUUUGUCAGUUAGAACUAGAGAAGUGUAAGAACCUUGCAAGCCUUCCCGACAGCAUUUGUCAUUUGAAAUUUCUGAAGAAACUUAAUCUUGCUGGUUGUUCAAAACUUGACAAAUUGCCAGAGAACUUGCAUAAUAUAGAAUCCCUGGAGGACCUGGAUAUAAGUGGAAGUGUGAUAAAACAUCUUCCAUCUUCUAUCAUACAUUUGAGAAAUCUUGGAAGGUUAUCAUUUAGAGUUCAAGAUUCAGCAGGUUUAAUCCAAAUUCCUACAACUCUAGGCAACCUAUCUUUGAAGACGUUAAUUCUAAGUGGAAAUAACUUUGAGAGUAUACCUGCAAGCAUUAAGCACCUUUCUCAGUUGCACUUGCUUGACGUAGGCAAUUGCAAAAGGCUUCGUUCCUUGCCUGAUCUUCCUCAGUCUUUAGAAUUUCUGCAUGCGCCUGAAUGCAUAUCAUUAGAAAGUGUAUUUAGCAGCAAGCAUUUUUGUGAGCUAGAUUUCGAGCCUGGUACUCGCAAUUUCAAGCAUUUUUCAUUUACCAAUUGCUUCAGAAUAGAACCAAAGGCACACAGCAGCAUUCUAGCAGACGCAGAGCGAAGAAUUCAACUCGUAGCAUCUCUAUCAGACGAACUUUAUAAUGGCGGGGGUUCAGUAAAAAUUCAUCUGCCUGGCAAUGAAAUUCCAAUAUGGUUCUGGAAUCGAAGUUUGGGAUCUUCAGUGAGCAUGCAACUUCAUUCUAGCUACGGUCAGCUAAGAGGAAUUGCUUUAUGUGCUGUCCUUGAGUUUGAUGACUGUUACGAGGACAGAGGUUUGAUUGUAAGAUGUAAAUGCCACUUCAAACCCAGGCAUAGUGGAAGCACUGAUAUAAAUUUCAACUUGAGUUAUUGGCUUGAAUGGUACUAUAAACCAAUAGCCUUCAAGUCAAAUCAUUUGUUUGUAUGGGAUGAUCCUUGCUUGGAAGCUAAGGGAACACAUGAAGAAGAUUGGUUCAGAAAAUACACUGAGGCCUCCUUUGAAUUCUACCCUCUAGACUACGAGGAAAACCUCUUACAGGACUGCAGGGUGAAGAAAUGUGGAGUUCAUCUGCUACUUGGUGAUCCUGCACCCUUCAGAAUUUUUGGUUCUGAUGAGGAAGAGCAACCAUCUCCUAAGAGAUUAAAAUGCAUCGAAGAAUAACCUUGGUGAAUCAGAAUGUUGUCUCAAUGCAUGUCAAUUUUAGAUGAGUAGAAAAAAAAAAUAAUCAAUAGAAGUUCACCAGUGAGUUAGGCUCUCAUGUGUUGUUUCUGUUUGCUGCUUUUGUCAGACAUUUUGUUUCUUAGUUUCAAGCAUUCUGAUCAUAGGAAUUUGUACUAGUUCCAUUAUGCUCAGCAUAACAAACAACUUGUUCAAAUUGUUCGCCAGUCCAAAAAGUAGGAUUCUUCUGUUCGUCAAAUAUAUAUAUUUCCUUA